AUGUACCGCAACAAAUCAAGCUUGAUGCGGGUGCUAGCUCCAAUCCUUACUUUUUGUACCCUGUUGAUCCUGAGCACACGCCCACUCAUCUUUGCGAAAACCGAAACUUCCAAAUCCGCGUCACCAUUUGAAUUGGAUCCAUGUGGUGUUAACACGGCCAACUUUAGCCUCACUCCAGAACUUUGGCAAUCGGCUCAAAUGGACCAAUACAUUGCCAAGCAUCCGCUGACCCAGAAUUCAACCAUCGCGAAUUUUGCAGCUUCACUCGGAAUGACCAACUUUUUCUGCGGCAUCGGUUUAGACUGUGCGGCUGGGCAAAUUUGCUAUCCGGCAAUUGGAAAGGACUACCUUAUAUUGUAUGCAGUUCAGCAGUGGAACAAUUUCAUGAAUCAACUUUAUAGGGUGAUUUCCAGUGUCACCAUGAUGUUGUCAGAUACUUCUGCCGUUAUGGUUACUGAUUUUAUCCCACUCGGUAUUAAGGGUGAUAAGACUUUAUUUGGCUAUGGAGUUGCGACCCUAGUGUUUGCAUCCAUUGCAAUGUUUACGGGACCCUUGGUUGCGUUAUUCUCACCGGUAAAAGCACUUCCUGGGGCUGCAGCCGCUGCAAAGGAUGCACAGGCCGCUGCAAAAAGUGCAGCAGAUGCACAACAUGCUGCUGCGGAUGCAAAGACAGUUCCAGCAGCUGAAGCUGCGAUUGGUGUCGCCGACACUCAAUCAUUAAGGAACUUUGCUGGAGCUCACUCGGGCACGUCUGAUUUCCCGCAUGCCCCAGUUUCUCCAAAAAUACAGGAAGAAUUCAAAAACGUUUUGUUUUCUGGCCGCCCCGCUGCGCCCAAGCGAAGGUGGAAAAGAGACCUGUCACUCCAGCACAAAAGCUCACAUCGUUUACAAAAGAGAGGACCACCCAAUAUCCUAGCAUACACCAGAUGGAGUUUUCUUGACAUUCACUUAGCAAAACUGCGCAUCCGGAUACAAAGUUUUAUUGCCAUCACCGUCAAGACUGCACUGUCAACCCCAAUUUACAGUGAUGCGGGCAUUGCACCAAUCAUAAUGCAAGGUGCAUUCCUUGCGCCAAAUCCAACUUGGGAGAGUAUGGUAGCAGACACUACAAAACUUGCAAACAUCGUCCUUCUUUCAGAAUUGUUUGUAUCACUGGGAUUUGUGGCCACAAUCGGACAGGAUCCAUGCAAAUUUGAGGGUCCGCGUGGUGCCUGGGGUGGAAAUGAUGUUCUUUCCCAUUGUGACGAACAGGGAGUGAUGAGAAGCAUUGUCAUGGUGGAAGGUGACAAGUUUGAACACAGACUUCGAAAUGCUAAUUUGUUGCGCGAUAAAUACAAAUAUGAUGUUUACGACCUCGUUACACGAGCAGCUGACUGCCAAGCUAAAUAUGGUGUUUAUGGUGCAAACACGGCGCCCACACCUGUCAAAGACAAUUCACCCUGCGCCUUCCAAUUACCCGUUUGUGACAUGACAACACCAGAGGUACAAAGGCGUUUGACUGAAAAGCAUGCUAGAAAGAAACAUAUGGCCAAGAUUUGUCGCGAGGAGCAAAAGCUUCCUAUCUAGAGUUUCUUCCGGAAAAUGGUCUCCUUUCAUUUUCAUUUUUGGAUAUACACGCCACAGAAAAUAGUGUCGGGCCAACCAAACUGACCAUGUUAAAGCCCAG